AAAUAUCCCACCGAUUCUCUAUGCCACCUCUCUCAUUCAUUCUCUGUCUUUCUUCCCACCUUUGAAUCAAUUAUUGCGACAGAACGUUCUGGUACUCUGUUUAUCUCCGUUUGUUUUUCACUUCAUGGGUGCGGGUCUCUCUGCUCUGUUCACCGGUGGCUCUCUUUCUCAAUUGCCGGUGAGACCCAGUUUAGGAGACUUGCCGGAGAGCUGUGUGGCAUCGAUUAUUGGGUAUUUGGAUCCGCCUGAGAUAUGCAAAUUUGCAACGCUGAACAGAGCUUUUAGAGGGGCUUCUUGGGCUGAUUUUGUGUGGGAAGAAAAACUGCCCCCCAAUUAUCGAAUUCUGUUCGGAGAAGUCUUUGGUUCUGUUCCCGUACAGUGGGGUAAGAGAGACAUCUAUACGAGACUUUGCAGACCUCAUACUUUUGAUGAUGGUACCAAGAAAGUAUGGCUUGAUAAGAGCACAGGUGGUGUUUGUCUGUCGAUUUCUGCAAGAGGAUUGUCCAUAACAGGAAUUGAUGAUCGAAGAUAUUGGAAUCAUAUUCCUACUGAGGAGUCUAGGUUCUCUUCUGUUGCAUAUCUUCAGCAGAUCUGGUGGUUUGAGGUUGCCGGGGAGGUUGAGUUUCCGUUCCCAGCAGGCACUUACAGCCUAUUCUUCAGACUGCAGUUGGGGCGUGCCUCUAAGAGGCCGUUUGGACGCAGAAUCUGCAACACCGAGCAUGUCCAUGGUUGGGAUAUAAAACCCGUACGAUUUCAGCUAUGGACUUCAGAUGGUCAGUAUGCUGCAUCUCAAUGUACUUUGAGUGAUCCGGGGACAUGGAUUCACUACCAUGUGGGGAACUUUGUUGUUGAGAACUCUAGCGCACCCACAAAGAUUAAGUUCUCAAUGACCCAAAUUGAUUGCACACAUACUAAAGGUGGUGUCUGUCUAGACACUGUGGUGAUAUACCCAAGUAAAUUUAGAGAAAGGUUAAAGCAUUUUUGAAUAGCACUUUAACCUUGUUUAUGUAGGCCAGCACCCUCAGCUCUGUGUUUUUAGUUUAUAUAGAGCUAUGCAUCUUCGACGGCUAGUAUUCUCAAGUACUUCCAGUUCAGUGUCUCUUUUAGCGUUAGGGUCAUUUGCAUCCAAGCAAGCAAUGUGUAUAAUCAACUUGUAAUUUUCUUUCACUUUUGAUGUUCCCUUCUGUAUGAAAAAUUUUCAAACAAGGACAAUCAGUGUGUAUGACAGAAACUGCGUGUUUAGUGUAUGAAAAAAUUUAGGAACAAGGA